UAAUUAAAAAUUUCCUCACAUAUCAUGUUAUGUUUGUGUCUCUACCAUUAUAAAAAUUUUCGUGUGCAACAUAAGCAGAGCAAGCAAUAUCUUCCCCUAGAAUGUUCGAGUGAAUCAAUCUUUCCUUGAUCAGUUGUCUGAUAUUGUUGACUUGUGCAAAUAUAAAAAUAAGCGUGUUACAUAAUUUCGAACAGUCGCAUGAAUAAUUUUUAUCUACAGUUUGAAUAACUUGGAUUCUCUAUAGCCUUCUGAGCCAACUGCUAUCCUCUAUCGCAUUAUAAUCUUAGUUCAGAUUAUGUCGUCAAACACACUACAGCCGCAGCAGCCCGAGCAGCAGCUCGAGCAGCAGCAGCAGCCAGCAGCGGCAGCGGCAGCAGCCAUCAGUCACAACAAUUUGGAUGAUGAUCGCCCCAAAAAUUCUUCAGCUCGCCUGAUACGUAGGUAUCCCAAAUCCAACGGUACGGUCCCUUUCAUUAAAUUCGGCCCACUAUUCGGACAGGAUGAAGACUUUGUCAAAAAAGCCAAGGAAGACGCAUGGCAGCAUGUGGUCAGCUCCUCCAAAUCCAGGGAGGCGGCCGUGAUCGAGAUCUACAUGUCCUCCCUUAGACAAAUUGAAAACAAAGCAAAAGCGUCCUAUGACCCCGACCCCGUACUGGACAAACUGUCCAAUAAAGAUUUUCGGGAUACUAUGCUAAAGGAUAGCUGCUUAUUCCUACAACUUUCGUUCUCUCUUCUCCACGGAGACGACAAGUUGGAUGCUUUUCCUCAUCUGAGAAAUAUUAGCUUAUCCAACAGGCACAAAUGGGUGGAGUCUAUGUUUCAUGUAGGCAACCAGAUUCCCCUGGUGGUUCUUAGGGUACUACUAAAGAAGAGGUACUUUCAAGAAGUGGUUAAAAAUGGCAAGUGGAAGGAGCCUUCGUCAGAUCUGGCUAAAAUGGCCUUGUUUCGACUUCUACUUUCACCAGCACUAGACAAGCCCCAACGUCGCAUAAAAGUUCCUUCUGUGCGAAAACACGCGCGAAGAUUGAUGCAUUGGACGCAACAGCUGAAAGAAUGUUCUGAUGUGCUACAUGGUCUCCACUUACUCCUCCUUGGGCCAGAAAUUGAUCCCGAAAAAGAAGAAUACGACGAUGAUGAUGUCGACCUGGAAGAAAAAAAUAUAGGACCUGACGAUAAAAACGGAGAUACAAAUAAUGCACAAGCUGGAGGCAGCGGUUGUCCGGAAUGCGGUGGUGCUGCUAGAGAUAAAGCUCAAAAAGAAGAUGAUAAUGAUGACGACAAAAAGUUAAAGAAUGCCAUAAAGUUGAAACAAGCAGGGGUCCACUUUCGUGUCACAAAAGAAGGGAUCAGAGGAAUCAGGUUCAAAAGCAGUUUGAUUUACCCGAAACUCUCUUUGCCUCAAUUGUUUGUCGGAUCUCAUACUCGGCUUCUUCUAGAAUGUCUCAAACAGUACGAGCAAAAACUUGAUCCUAGCCUACAAGAGGUGAGCUCGUACUUGCAGUUCAUGCACGAUUUAGUGCGCACAGCUCAAGAUGCCAAAAUUCUAGUAUCCAAUGGGAUCAUAAAAGGAAACCGCAAGUAUACGCAAAAGCUACCAGCCAUUUUUAUAGACCUUGCUCCCAAUGACAAAAUAACUGAUACCAGUCUCAGCCCUGUAAAAAUCGAAAUCAACAGCUUUUACCGCCCUCCCUGGGUCUCUAACUACUUCACCAUUGUCUUUGUACUCUCACUUAUCGGAUUGCUAGUCUCUAUUGCUCAGCUGGUUUAUGCCGUGCUAGCGUACCACAAACCCCCCUCCUAGUUAGCAUUUUCCCAAUUGCUCAACUCAUUUAUUGUAACCCAUUAACCAAAUACUCAACUGGUCAUAAUGGAACAUCUAGAUCUUAUAUUAUUUGGAAAAUUUCAAAUCAAGAUAAGAGUUGGUUU